UAGCGUGUUUUAAGGACUGCCGUUUUGCUACUGAUUCACUUUUCUUCGUUGAUUCAAAACUAUGUUAUUCGCUAUGCUUUUCAAAGAUAUCAAUAAAAUAAUUUGUUAAUGUGUUAAUUAAUAACCAUAAUCUUAUCAUUUUCCACAAAAAGACAUAAAAGUUUCUUUUACGAUCGAACUUCGUUCAUUGGUCGUGUUGGAAAGAUAUUCAACUUUGCAUACAACUUCAACUCAAUCAAGUCAACGAUGCUGAAUCCAUUAGCAGCCCCCAGCGAGGAAGAGGAAACAACUACUACUGCCGCAGGUUUGGAUCCGAUAAGCACAAGUGAGACCACUAUAUCACUAUGUGAUGCAGGUAUUUUGAAAAACGUGUGUACUGAACCGGUUAUUCGACCACAAAGAUUUUCAGAUCUGGUUUUAGUGAUCGACUGCAGUAGUAACGAUUCGGAUUCAAGUUUUGACUAUAUGUCACUCCUGCAGUCUGCUGAGCACGCCAAGGCUCAAGGAAUAAAGUUCCCACCGAUCGAUUUCAAGAAAAUAGCGAAUUCUCCCCCGAAAGAAUUUCAAGUGUUCGAAAGCAAUGAAGACGAUUGUCCAACCGUUCUGUGGUUCACUCUUUGCAAUAAAGGAUUUCGGAACCUUAAAGAUUACCAACCAAGAUCGACAGCCACUCCUCCAGAUGAUAAACCGUUCAACGACUUUCCAGUCUUCGAUGAAGGCAACUCUUACAAAACCCAUUACUUCAGUUACACGGAUUACCAUUUUGACCAAUUAAGAGAACUCAUGUACCACAACGUCAUGUCAAAUAUCGAGGAAGUAAAAGUUCAACUACGAAACGCGAUUGCUAAAAAGAAAAGACGACUAAACACACAUGACAAAUCUUACAUAAAUAUAUACAUUAUAUUUUAA